CAGACCGCUGCCGUCCAUCAGAGCUCAGACACUGUUUCUAUCUGGAGUUAGAGGAACUCUUUGACCGUCACUGAGAGGAGAAAUGGAUCAGAACCAGCUGGACCGAGAGGGACUCUGCUGUUCCAUCUGUCUGGAUCUACUGAAGGAUCCGGUGACUACCUCCUGUGGACACAGCUACUGCAUGAACUGUAUUAAAACCCACUGGGAUAAAGAGGAUGUGAAGAGAGUCCACAGCUGCCCUAGGUGUAGGCAGACCUUCACACCGAGGCCUGUCCUGAAGAAAAACACCAUGUUAGCAGAUUUAGUGGAGGAGCUGAAGAAGACUGGACUCCAAGCUGCUCCUGCUGAUCACUGCUAUGCUGGACCUGAAGAUGUGGCCUGUGACGUCUGCACCGGGAGGAAACUGAGAGCCAGUAAGUCCUGUCUGCAGUGUCUGAUCUCUUUUUGUGAGAAACACCUUCAGCCUCAUUUUGAAUCUCCGGCCUAUAAGAAACACAAGCUGGUGGAGCCCUCCAAGAAGCUCCAGGAGAACGUCUGCUCUCGUCAUGAUGAGGUGAUGAAGAUAUUCUGUCGUACUGAUCAGCAGUCUAUCUGUUAUCUCUGUUUAAUGGACGAACAUAAAGGCCACGACACGGUCUCAGCUGCAGCAGAAAGGACUGAGAGGCAGAGAGAGCUCGAGGGGAGUCGACUAAACAUCCAGCAGAGAAUCCAGGACAGAGAGAAAGAUGUGAAGCUGCUUCAACAGGAGGUGGAGGCUAUCAACGGCUCCGCUGAUAAAGCAGUGGAGCACAGUGAGGAGAUGUUCACUGAGCUGAUCCGUCUCAUGGAGAAAAGACGCUCUGAUGUGAAGCAGCAGGUCAGAUCCCAGCAGGAAACUGAAGUGAGUCCAGUCAAAGAGCUUCAGGAGAAGCUGGAGCAGGAGAUCACUGAGCUGAAGAGGAGAGACGCUGAGCUGCAGAAGCUGGCACACACAGAGGACCACAACCAGUUUCUACAGGACUACCCCUCACUGUCAGGACUCAGUGGAUCUACACACUCAUCCAGGAUCAAGACCCGUCCUCUGAGGUACUUUGAGGAUGUGACAGCGGCUGUGUCAGGAGUCAGAGAUAAACUACAGGACGUUCUGAGAGAGGAAUGGACAAACAUCUCACAGACAGGGACUGAAGUGGAUGUUUUACUGUCACAACCAAGACCAGAACCAGAGCCCAAGACCAGAGCUGAGUUCUUAAAAUACUCACGUGACAUCACACUGGAUCCAAUCACAGUGAACACACAGCUGUUAUUAUCUGAUGGGAACAGAAAAGCAAGAUAUAUGGAUCAACAUCAGUCUUAUUCUAGUCACCCAGACAGAUUCACUGAUUAUCUUCAGGUCCUGAGUAGAGAGAGUCUGACUGGACGUUGUUACUGGGAGGUGGAGCGGACAGGAAUAGUUUAUGUAGCAGUCACAUACAAGAAUAUCAGCAGAGCAGGAAGGUCACAUGAAUGUGUGUUUGGACGCAAUGACAAAUCUUGGUCUUUAUAUUGUUUCAACUACAUUUAUAACUUUUGGUUCAACAAAGUGCAGACUCCUGUCUCAGGUCCUGAGUCCUCCAGAGUAGGAGUGUACCUGGAUCACAGUGCAGGUAUUCUGUCCUUCUACAGCGUCUCUGAAACCAUGACUCUCCUCCACAGAGUCCAGACCACAUUCACUCAGCCUCUACAUGCUGGACUCUGUGUUUAUCCUGGAUCAGCUGAGUUGCUUCGGCUGAAAUAGACAGAAGUCAUUUCAGGGACAGUGGGUUCACUUCUGUGUUUGAAUUCUUCAACUUGAUUUUGAUUCCUGUUUGUUGCUGAGAGCUGAUUGUUGUCAGCUGUCAAUCAAACUUGGUGGGCGGGACUUUGACAUGAGUAAAUGUUUGAGUUUGUUGUGGUAACACUCCUUCCUGUGUCUGUUCAGCCAUGGAGGCUUUCACUGCUCAUGAUGAUAUCUGUUCUCCUGAACUGACAUUUCUCUGCAUGAAAAUAUGAACUUGUCUCUGCUCUAAAUGUUGGUUGAUUAUUUGUGUUGAUGCAUUUAUAUGCUGUUGUUUCUGAUCUGAUUCAUGAGUCUGAAGAGUUAAAGCAGCAGACCUUUCUUUAAUGUCUGUAUUUUGUUCUCAGCACUUUGUACAUUUGUAGAAAUUCUAUCAUCACGGUUAGAGAAAUUUGUUUGGCAGAAUUAAUUUUGUUGAAAGGGUAAAAAAAUAUAUAAUUUUUCCUAAUUUUCAUGUGAAUACUUUAAAUGAGGUGACACUAAUGAUGCUGGGGGGUUUUGUGGGUUGAAGUUUUUUCUCUUAGUUCUUAGAUGAAAGCCUGAAUCCUGAAAUGAAGUAUAGAAUUCUGAGAUCAAAGACAGAAUCAUGAGACUGGAGCCGGCAUUCUGAGACGAAAUCCAGAAUUUUCUGAUCAAAGCUGGAAGUCUGAGAUUAAAGCCAUAUUUGUAGAAAUUCUAUCAUCACAUUUUUAUUUUGUAUGAAUUAUUUUGUUCACAGUCAAAUGAAGUCAUUUUCAAACUUUGAUGAUCCUGAUUAAAUCAUGAAGGAGAUUUAUUCUUCUCACUGACAGAGCUGAGACGCUGAUCAAACAAACUGAUUGUAUGAAUGAAGUGAAUCUGUUCCUGAAAUCACUGAAGAGACUUUGACCAAACUUUAUCCAUCUGAUGUGUGAACAAACUGAAGCCUGACGUCAUGAAUAAACAAACAUGAACAAAA